CCACACUGCGGGGACGAUUGCUUUUUUUAGGCUGCUUCGGGAUCGUGCCUCUAAGUCCAGUCGCAGCAGAGCGUAGCGGCCCGUCACUAUUGUUACCGACGAGGUGCGUAAACAAAAAUAUAUCGCGUUUCUCUGGUCGUCGUCUCCCAUAACCUAAACCAAUAUUUAUAGCACCCAACAACAGAACACCUACAACUCACCUGCGCUGUCAAAUCAAUUUCACUUCGUUUGUGUCGAAAGUGUACGAAAGCUGCGGCUUGCUAUGGUCGUUUGUAUAGUUGCAGAAUAUGGUGCGCGUGCAGUGCGUUUAGAAUUAGAAUGGUUUGUGUCAAUUCUGCUCUGUUCCCAGGGCGAAAUUGGCUGGACGUGAUGUGCCUCCACGUAUUUGGAUGCAGAACAUUCCUGUAUAGUAGUAGGUUGCGACAGCGAUUUGGGGAGGGGAAAUGUGCGUGAAAUUGCGACACGUGAUUGCGUUUCUGGUCGGUGUCUCUGUGGUGAUUCCUUUUCAUUGCUCUUCCACCGCCCGGUACCGACCAGCAGUAGGCCGUUCACGGGGAUGCUCUAGGGUCUGGUUCGGAGCAAACCGUUCGCCUCGUUUGGAUUGCAAUAGCGGAUCGGAUCUACGAUUAUGGGCCGAAUGAUGUGUUCCGCAUGAUGUUUUCGUUGGUCAGCGCGGGGGACGGAACAGUAUCAUCGUUGACAACUACAUUUUCCAUAUGGAUAAAAAGCUUAAAGAUAUUGUUUACUAUAAAUGUGCCGCUAGGAGCGUUUGUAGUGCACGAUUUAUUGUUAAGAACGGUACAGGGAUUUACACAUCACGCGUCCACAACCACCCAAAUAACAGAAUAGAGAUUUUAAAGGCUGCCUUAAAACAAAGAUUAAGAACAGAAGCAUCAAGAAGCUUCGAAGCAUACAAAACUAUUUUCGACAGGAUUUGUCGAGAUCCACAGUAUCAGGAAGCAGCCAUAUUCACUACCUAUGCAUCCGUUGUUGCAACGAUGCGAACCGCACGAAGCAGUUCAUAUCCACAAGCACCAACGUCUCCAGAAAAUUUUCUGUACCUAUUGGAAAGCGAAAAAGGGAAGGUAUUCUGCACUAUCGGAGAUGAUAAGUUUUAUUACGGACACAUCAAUUAUCUUAAUAGUUUGGCCAUAUUUUUCGUUGUACCUGCAACACUGACUGCUCUGUCCACGGUGGAAAGCACAACUUUGCAGUUAGAUGGUACUUUCAAAACCUGCCCGAAAAUAUUCGCACAGAUCUUUAUGGCAUAUGCCACGAUAAGUGAACACGUGUUUCCAUUAGCGUUUAUUCUUGUGGACAGUGAACAUCCGACGGAGCAGUACUAUAAGAAAAUUCUACGGAAAUUGAAAACGUUCCUCCCUAUUAAAAUAGAGCGGGUCGUAACUGAUUUCGAGAAGUCUCUUAUUAAUGCGAGCGUUGCAGUGUUUCCGGAAGCGUCACAUCAAGGAUGCCUAUUCCAUUUUAAGCAGGCCAUAAAGAAUUAUAUAAUUCAGAAGUUACGCGUUUCAAAGGGGACGAAAGAGUAUAUUGAAUUUCGCAUGGCGAUGCAGAUUGCUCACUUGCCGGCGGAUCGCAUCGCAGAAGGUAUCAACCUGCUGCACGAAGAUCUCAAGUCAUCGGUCGAAAAUAAAGAGGCCGUGCGCAAAUUUAUGGAAUAUUUCCGAAAACAAUGGAUACUAAAUAUUCAUCCCCGAAUAUAUUCGGCAUACCGCACAACUGUCACCUCCAACAAUGCCGCAGAAUCAUUUCACUCGAAAAUGUUGAGGGAAGUUGGCUGCAACCCGCCACCAUGGGAGUUUCUAGACAAAAUUAUUAAUAUGUCCAAAAAUACAGAUAUAGAAAUUAAGCGUUUGAGCAACAUUUCCAGUAGUCGAGCUCAAACUACCAGACAACGACAGGUUGCUAUCUUAACUCGGCAAUUUGACGAUGAUGGGGACGUGAGGAAAUUUAUAAAAGCAUUAAACAAUAACACUAAAAAUUAUGAUGCAAUAGGUAAUACUGCCAUCAAUUAUGAAACCAUCGAAAUAAACGAAACAUGCAUUUGCGGAGAUAACCCAACUUUCACCUUGGAACCCUGUUUACAUAAAACAUACUGUAAUAACUGCAUUUGGAAGGAACUUAAUCGUAAUAAAAAAUGCCCCAAAUGCGGGGUUCUGUGGAAGGGGAUGUUUAAGGAUCCUGAGUGAAAACUAAUCGCGAAUCAUAACAAAAGGUCAUUAUUGGAAUUCAUUGAGCUACAAAAAACAAAAAUAACGGUAAUUGUUCCGAAUCGUGGCUUUUUCGAAAAAAGGGUUUAUUUUUUUUGGAAAUGGUUCUAAAUGGCCUAUUUUACAACAAGUAAUGAAAGAAAAAUCGGGGGGAAAGCUGUAAAAGUAAUUUAAACUGGAAAAAUAAGUUGUUCCCACUCACCUUUAUAACAGUGGCAUUGCGUAUGUAAAAGUGAUGUUAACGGCGAAGGUAGUGUGAUGCGGCAUGGCUGCAUAAUCGAGUCCAAUGAUUCGAAGUGGCACAAAGCCGCUGAGAAUCCGCUGGACUAGGUGGUCUUGAUUUUGCUAUCGAAGGGUGCAAUCAAACCUGUAAUCCACUUGUU